AUGGAUCCCGGAAGUCUACUGACACUACCGGUCGACAAUCACUUCUUGCCCUCGAUUGCCCCUGGAGUCGGAUCCGGCAAUGGUCACAACCCUUUCCCACCGUCAGCCAGCGAGUACUCGGAUCCGUCACUCCUUGGUAGAGGAGCACCAGAUCAAGCCGAGCGGAGAAACGAGGUUCUUAUGGCCAUUUCCGUUCAAGUGAAAGGUGUCCUUGGAUGUGCCUAUUACAGCACAGAGGAGAACAGCCUGUUUCUCCUGCAAGAUAUGACCUGUACCGAACCGUUGCAGUUUGUCGAACUGCUCAUGCUGCACAUUCAACCAACGACCGUCUUGUUGCCACUGAAAGUACCAGAUGUAGUGCUUCAGUUCUUCGAGAAGCAUCAAAGUAUUGUGGACCGAGGAUCUGAAAGGUACAACUACAUUCUACGGCUUCUCGGUUCAACUGAAUUCAGUCACGCUGCUGCCAUGGAUAGGUUAACGAAUUUACCGAUCGCCACAUCAGAACAUGCUCUGGUGACGAAUGCCGGCUUCGGUUUCUCCAAUCAUGGCUUACAAGGUGCACGGGAGGAAUGUCAAGAAUUCAAGACGAUGCGUCUCGGGUCUUUUGUAGAUCUAGAGAGCGUUAUAUCAAUUGGCUGUGCCGGUGCCGUACUGUGCGAGACUUUGCGACUCCAGAAUGUUGGACGAGCGCCAGAAGAUACAGAGAGAAACAUCGGGUUGUCGCUACAGAUGUUUGCUUUGGCGGACUUCAUGUUCGUCAACGCUGACACACUCUCCUCCCUUCAGGUAUUCCAGUCCGAAUUACACCCGAGCAACCUGAUAUCCGGCACGGGAAAGGCAGCCUCCGGUUCGAAAGAGAGCCUAUCUCUGUUCGGACUCUUCCAUCCGCUCGCCGGUACCCCUCAGGGCAAGGCGAGGCUUAGACAACUCUUCUUGCGACCACUGGUCAACAUCGACAUGAUCCGGGAGAGGCAAGAAACCAUAGCAGUAUUCUUGCAGCCGGGAAAUCAAGAGGCAUUUGCGAGCAUAUCCCAAGGAUUGCGAAAGGUCACAGACAUCAAGAAAACUCUGGCUCAGUUGCAAAGAGGCGCAGCGGAAUCUCCGGCUGGCUGUGCUUCAAUUGAGCGUGGUGUUUGGUGGACAUUGACUCGUUUUUCACUCCAUGUGCUGCGGCUCAGAGACGCCAUACUUCAACUACGAAAUGCCAACGGCCUUGACAUCAUACGAAAGACUGUGCAGGCCGUCGCUGUAGACGCCCUAACAGCAAUCAUUGAUUUGAUAGGAAAUGUUGUCGAUUUCGAGGAAACCAAAGCAAACUCACGCAUUGCUGUGAGAUUGCACGUCAACGCUGAGCUCGAUGACUUGAAGCAGACAUAUCAAGGGUUGGAAUCCCUGUUGAAUGAGGUUAGCACAGCGUUGUCCCUGGAGCUCCCGACGUGGGCUCGCAAAUGUGUCACCGGCUGUGUCUUUUGGCCGCAACUGGGCUUCCUCACUGUCGUCCCUUUGCUCGAGGGCAACAAGGCAGGCUACGAAGGCCAAGGACUGUCCAGCGAUCAUUGGGAGCAAAGAUUUACCGCGAAUGACAAUGUCUACUUCAAGAACAACCUCAUGCUGGAGUUGGAUGGUCACUUCGGUGACACUUACAGCAGAAUUGUUGACCUCGAGGUUGAUAUCUUACAUGGCUUAGCCUGCAAGAUCCUCGAACAUGAGGCAAUCCUCAGUCGUAUAUCUGAGGUUUGUGGUGAGCUUGACUGCCUUGUGGCCCUUGCAAGCGGAGCACUCAAAUAUGGCUGGGCAUGUCCAACUAUGACAGAAGACAACAUUGUCUCGAUCUACGAAGGACGCCACCCCCUUCAAGAGCUGGCAGUACCUGCUUUCAUCUUCAACGACUGCAAUCUCAUCGGUGGCUCUGGCGAUGACUCAAGCGGAAGACGGGCAUCACCUCCAGAGAACGACAUGAACGCCAGCACACUCAUUAUAACAGGACCAAAUCAUUCGGGAAAAAGCGUAUAUGUCAAGCAAGUUGCGCUCAUUGUCUACCUUGCCCAUAUAGGCAGCUUCGUGCCUGCUACUGGCGCUACGGUUGGUCUCACGGACCAAAUUUUAACCCGAAUCUCGACGCGGGAAAGUGUAUCGCAAGCGGAGAGUGCCUUCGGUACCGACUUGAGGCAAGUAGCAUUUCUGCUGAAUUGUGCCACUCGUCGAACACUCGUGGCAAUCGACGAAUUUGGCAAAGGAACGGCAGCUGACGAUGGAGCCGGGUUGAUGACUGCCCUCAUUGACCAUUUCAGCAAUCUCGGUUCACAGUCUCCCAAAGUUCUGGUCACAACGCACUACCAUGAGAUAUUCGAAGGCGGUUAUCUUCAGGAGCGACCAGGGCUAUCGCUUGCGCAUAUGGAGGUCCGUCUUGACAUCGACGCGGGUCAGAUGGAGGACCAAGUUGUUUUUCUUUACCGCCUAGUUCCUGGAAGGAGCACAUCAAGCUUUGGGAGCAGGUGUGCGGCGCUGAAUGGCAUUGACACCGCGGUCGUUGAGCGAGCCGAGGCGAUUGUUCUGCUCCUAGCACGAAAUGAAGACCUUGGGGCAGCGUGUGCUAGGUUAGAUGCCGAAGACGAAGCUCGACUUGAGGAGGCUGAGAAAAUCGCCCGAAACUUUCUUCAAGUCUGCUUGAAGGGGCCUGGAGAGUCCGAUUCUAGAUGGCGAGGCAGUGCGUCUACACUGGACAUGUUGCGGGAUCUCCUGACAUCGGCAGUCGUUGAGUGAAGUAUUUGCGAGAACCCGGGCGUUGUGGAAAGCAGUGAGAUAUCUGGCGCGGUGUCUGGUGAAAGCUACCUCAGAAAACGCGCAGAUGGAGAGAGUUACUUUGACGUUGAAGAGAUGUGCAGAAAAUGUACCAAUAUGUUGUUGUGUGGUUGAUUCGAGCAACUGGCACUGUAGGAGUCCUUCGGUGAUACCCCUAAACAUAGAUCAACGAACCGAAGUAACAAAAAGGGUAGAUGCACGCAUCUUUCAUUGUCUCGAUAUAUCAUCUGUGACUUUGCAAAGAAACCUAGGGCAUUAACGUGAUGCUGCAGCUUGACGAGUGGAUGCCAGCGCAUUGAUCGUCCAACUUGGCGAUGCUAUUUACAACUCCUACUCCCACAUUGAGGAACAC